GGCUGACCCUUCAGCGGCGAGAAUCAUGGACAACUUUGUCUGUUCCCCCUUCAGCACGUACCAGAACUUCAGGAGCAGCCCCGCCGUCGGCCGCGGCUGGGACGCUGCGGCCAAGCAGCCCAGCUGGAAGCAGAGCAAGAGCGGCAGCAUCAGCCCCUUCCUCGGGGGGCCCUUCACGCCGCUGCCCUCCGACUACCUGGACAGCUACCGGCGGGCGCAGCUCGCAGCGCCCACCGAGGAGACACCCAGGGCGGACGGCGGUGAGGAGCAGCAGGAGAGCCCGGCGGGGGCCGCGCUGCCGCCGCGGCAGGAGCCGGUGGGGACGCGGCGAGAGGAGCCGGCGGCUCCCAGGCAGAGAGCUGCCUUCCAGUUCUUGGAGCAGAAGUAUGGCUAUUUCCACUGCAAAGACUGCAAGACCAGAUGGGAGAGUGCUUAUGUGUGGUGCAUUUCUGGAAGCAACAAGGUGUACUUCAAGCAGCUCUGUCGCAAAUGCCAAAAGAGCCUCAAUCCCUAUCGAGUGGAAGCAAUCCAGUGCCAGAUCUGUUCCAAGACUCGUUGUUCUUGCCCUCAGAGGAAGAGACAUAUUGAUCUCAAGAGACCUCAUCGCCAAGAACUCUGUGGCCGCUGUAGAGGCAAAAGGCUGUCCUGUGAUAGCACUUACAGCUUCAAAUACAUUGUCUGAUCCAUGUGCCAUCUUCUGUUUUGUUCUUUGCACUUUGUCUAUUGCAAUGUUUUGACUUAAGGCUUUUGACCUGGCAUUGGAUAAUGGAUGAAGACUUUGGCAUUAUUGUAAAGUAUAGUAAUUUAAAGUAUGUAAUUUCACUGUAUGCAUCCUGUAAAUAAAGUCCCAUAAAAGUUUGCACUAGUUUGAUACCCCUUGGUUUCAUCUUCCUUAGAUGAAAGAGGAAAGUAUACCUGUAAGGAAGCAACCUAUUUGAUUUCCUAAAGAUAGUAAACUUUGUUUUGAUGUCUUCAGGACACACUACAAUAAAAAAGAUUUAAGCUUAA